AUGCCACGUUGAGAGGGAAUCGACAUCGACAUCAACGCAAAUCUCGCACUGGCGUCGACCAUGGGAUCGAAGCUGGCCGCUCCGCUUGCUCUGUUCGCCGUCGCGACCCUGCUGCAGCGGCCCCGUUUCUGCGCAUGCGUCCGUGACGAAGACCUGCGCCUGAGCUUCACGAAGUCGGGCAUCGUGACGGACGUGAUACCGAAGGUUCCCAAGAGAUUGGCCGCCGUCACCUACCCCGCGGGCGCCAGCGUCCAGCUGGGCAACACGCUCACGCCCGAGCAGGCGGCGGACGUACCCGACGUACGGGUCCCGGGAGAUCCGUACCGCUGGUACACGGUGAUUCUCCUCGACCCCGAUGCGCCGUCGCGUAAGGACCCCAAGAUGCGUCACUGGCUCCACUGGCUCGUGGUGAACGUGCCGCAACCCGAAACGACCACGCUGACCAAGUACGCGGGGCCGACGCCGCCCCAUGGCACCGGCGAGCACCGAUACGUGUUCCUCGUGUACAAGCAACAGAGGAUGGUCACGCGGAACGGCCUCAAAGGCUUCGGCAAGGAGCGGGCAAAGUUCAACCUCACGGCGUUCCUCGAAGCGGCCGAGAUGGACGAACUGGUGGCCGCCAACUACUUUGUCGCCGAGAACAAGUAGCUGGGCGCACUGGGCGUCGAUCGUGCGAAGCCUCCUCUUCCGUGGCGGGGUGCUUUGCAGCUCGCUAUUCACUAAAGCAACAGCAAUUUCUGAACAUGC